AGCUGCGUAGCUGCGUAUGAAUAUAUGUUCCAGAGUCAAUAUCUUCCAGGCGGUAGUAUCUGGGUUGCUCGAUGUGUAAUUAAGAACAGCAUACGUGAUAUAGAUUCAUCCUAAUAUAUGCAACUCUUAAAUGUUAAAACAUAAAAAUAGAAAAUUCGAAAAAAGUUGAAUUAUCCUUAACUAAUCAACCAAUUAGGACCAAGGCUGAAUUCGAGACAAGUGAAGGAAGAGCAUGGCUGAACCGGAAUUAGAGGAAAGGGAAGAUAUUGAGAUGAUCAAAAUGGGAUCUUAUGGAGGGGAAGUGAGGCUGUUGAGUGACGGCGAAGACUCUGCAGCGGAGGAGAUAAUGUUACUUUGGGGAAUCCAACAGCCCACUCUUUCCAAACCCAACUCUUUCGUCUCUCAAUCCUCUCUUCAACUUAGCCUCGACGCCUGUGGCCAUUUCCUCUCCAUUCUUCAGUCACCUUCUUCCUUGGGGAUGCCUGGAGUAACUGGUUCGGUAAUGUGGGAUAGUGGAGUAAUAUUGGGGAAGUUCUUGGAGCAUGCUGUGGAUUCCAAGAUGCUCGUUCUUCAGGGAAAGAAGGUUGUCGAGUUAGGUUCUGGCUGCGGAUUGGUAGGCUGCAUUGCAGCGCUCUUGGGUGCUCAAGUUACGCUCACUGAUCUUCCCGAUAGAUUGAGGCUACUGAAGAAGAAUAUUGAAGCCAAUCUAGGACAUGGAGAUGUGCGGGGCUCUGCAGUAGUGAAAGAGCUUAUUUGGGGAAAUGAGCCUGACCAAGAUUUGAUGGAACCCUUACCAGAUUACAUUGUAGGGUCAGAUGUGAUCUAUAGUGAAGGAGCUGUGAUGGACUUGUUGGAGACAUUAGUGCAACUAUGUGGAAUCCAAACAACAAUAUUUCUGGCUGGAGAACUUCGGAAUGAUACUGUACUUGAAUACUUCUUAGAGGCUGCAAUGAAGGAUUUUGUCAUUGGCCGUGUGGAGCAGUCGCAGUGGCAUCCAGAUUAUUGCAGCUGUCGAGUAGCAUUGUAUGUUUUGGUAAAGAAGUGAGUCAGGCAAAUGAAUCCAUACAUGGAAGCUUCUGGUCAUGAUAUCUGCAAAUAUUAUGUGGUGAGUUUUUGGCAAAAUUGGUAGCAACAGAAUAGUCAGUUUGUUUGCCUGAGUAGUGGCUACCACAUAUGCUUUUAGAGCUGGGAAAUUUUGUGUGUUAUAUUUGGCAUUUGAGAUUUGAUCUCAUGCCGGCAUAGUACUUUCUAGCAUUUGGAGUAUAUGCAACGUAUGAACAUUUGUAUUGUUUGGUUCAUUUUAGAAUUAGAAUGGAAAUGGUUUUAAAUUGAAAGAAUCAUAUUCCGUUUUA